AUGACGCUCUACUAUACUCUCGUCUUCAUGCUUCUCGUCUUCGAGAUGGCGCUUUUCAUGCUCCUGAUCGUUCCCAUGCCAUUUAACGUUAAGCGCAAGAUCUUCACCUUCAUCUCCGAGAAUCCGGUUGUCGCAAAGAUUCAAUACUGGAUGAAGAUCACCUUUGUCUUUAUCCUAAUUCUCUUUAUCGAUAGUGUCAACCGUGUCUACCGCGUCCAGCUCGAGCUCGCCGCCGCCUCCGAACAGUCCAAGCAGGGAGGAGGUGCCGCCGUCAUGGGCCACGAGCGCCUCGAAGUCCAAGCCCGCAAGUUCUACUCCCAGCGCAACAUGUACCUCUGCGGCUUCACCCUCUUCCUUUCGCUCAUCCUUAACCGCACCUACGUUAUGAUCCUCGAGGUGAUGCGUCUGGAGGACAAGGUCCGCGCUUACGAGGGUACUAAGAGCAAUACCAAGGAGGCUGAGAAGCUUGCCGUUGCCGGCAAGCCCGGCGAGCUUGCCCGUCUCCGAAAGGAGCUUGAGCAGAAAGAUCAGGACCUCAAGACCCUGAAGAAGCAGAGCGAGCAGCUCCACAAGAGCUACGAUGAGCUUAGCGACAAGUACGCUGCUACCCAACAAACUGGCGAAUCCAGAAAGGGCAUCUAA